AUGGCGGUCGAAAAGGAGCAUAUCCUCGAAAAGGUAUCCAACUUUCGAGAUGUCGGCCAGACCGUCAACUCCUUUCUCGACAAUGCGUCCCCCGAGGACAUGGUCUACUUGGCCGACAGCCUCGGCAUCCGCACCGUCAUAGACCUUCGCACAAACACCGAACUCGCUCGCCAAGCGGCCAAGCGCACCGCCAUACGCCUCGUCGACCCCUCCAUCCCGGCCACCGCCCGCAUCCCGGGCAUCCAGUACCACGAGAUCAAGGUGACCGGCCGGCGCUUCGAGCGGCACGUCGCCAGCCUUCUCACCUGGUGGCAGUUCUUUCAGUUCCUCUUCCUCUACGCCUGCGGGUACAGAGACCAGGCCGUCCGCGUCGUCGCCGAGCACGUCCUCGUGCCCCGCGGGCUCCUCGGCAUCGGGCGCGACAAGCUGGACCACUCGGGCGAGGAGAUUGCCGCCGCGCUGCGGCUAUACUCGCAGCGUCGGACGACGCCCGUCCUGGUGCAUUGCACCCAAGGCAAGGACCGCACCGGGUUGAUUUGCUGCCUCGUGUUGAUGGUGCUGGGCGUCCCUAUGGCGGCGAUCGAGCACGACUACGGGCUCACGGACGUCGGCCUGGCGAGGGAUCGCGAGCAGCUGCUGAAGGAAGUGCGCGCCGUCGGGUUGACAGAGGCGUGGGCGUACACGGACAGGGGCAUGAUGACUGGGAUAAAGAGGCAUCUGGACGAGAGGUAUGGCGGGCUAGAGGCGUACUUGGACGGCAUUGGGUUUGACGAGUCGGAGCGUGAGCUCAUGCGUGAGACCUUGCUUGUAUGA